AUGGUGAAGCGAUGUGUUGCGGCUGGCUGUUCUAACUCACACGGCGACCAAGUCAGCUUGUUUUCUUUCCCACAAGACCCAGUUCUUCGAAAGCGAUGGACAGAAGCAGUACAGAGGACUAGAGACAAAUGGAAUGGGCCUUCACGGUAUUCGGUUCUAUGCAGCGACCACUUUACAGAGGACUGUUUUGAAACCGAUCAUCUUUUGGCCUCAUCGUUUGGCAUCGCCAGGCGAGCACGCCUGAAGCCAGACGUCGUUCCAACGCAUUUUGUCAGAGCGAAUUUGAGAACAGGCGCCUCUGGAUCGUCAGCUAUGUCUUUGGAACGAACACGGAAACGAACGUCCACUGGCGGUGAGAGUGAGUUGACAAGCAAGAGGGGAGCAUAUGAGAAGAGACAAAGAGCUAGGCUUCUACAGGAAAUUGUCAGCACUCCAAAGCACCUGUGGAAAGAGAAACAGAAAUGGAAUCUACUUGGCAAGACAGUGAAGACAAUGAGAGUGAGAAGAGUGCAACUCAUGCAGAUAUUGGUGUACAGGCAGUAUGCCUACAGGAUAUUCCACGCAGAUCCACAGUAAAUGUCAGAGUUCAAGUAAAGCCAAAAACUGUCUCCAGGGGUGAGUGACAGGAUAGUUUGAUUACUGACUAACAACUUGUGCGAAUGUACCUAUAAAUUAGAGAAUUACACAUGCAUGCAUGUACUAAG